AUUUAUGUCCUAACCAUUAUCAGUAUUCUAUUCUUAUAACAUAGCUGAUCAAAUAUACUCUAUCAAGAUCAAGAAAUUUUUUAUUUUCUUGAAUUAUUUCUUUCUUUCUUCAAUGGCUGUAACAUGUUUUUCUUCUCCUCAAAUCUUGAUUCAUAAAUCUGGUUUAGUUAUUAGGCCAAGAACCAAAUUUGUGAUGCUUAAAUAUACUCAAAUUUCACUCAAGAAAUCACCAAAACUUCAAGUUAGAUCAUUCAAGAACAAGGUCUUUGAGAAUCAAUCUGAGGGGAUAAUUUGUUAUAUAGAUGAGAGUGGAGAAUUAAUUUGUGAAGGAUUUGAUGAAGGUCCUAGGUUACAUCAACAAAUUUCAAGAACAUCAUCAUCAUCAUAUGAUUCAAGAGAUGCUGAGAUAUUCAAUCUGCUACAUCAAAGAUUGCUUCAGAUUGUUAAUGGAGUUGAGUUUAACAAUGGUGAAAAUGGUGUUGCUGCUGUUCAAGAAGACUUCAAAUGGAAUGAAUUUAAUAAAUGCUGUUGAUCAAUUACUGACUCAUUAAAUCUCUGUUUUAUUCUGAAUAAUUUGCAUCAGAUAUGUAAAUGAAACUCAGUUCAUCCACUCUCAGAAUGUAUAUAGUCGACUUAAACAACUUUUAUCUAUAUUAAAUACAGUUUCUUUUUUCUUUCUA